AUGGAGACACUUGACGCCCUUCACCUUGACACUCCAUUCGAAACCGUGGAGUCCCUUCGCGUGUGGCCCGUUUCGAUGCUUAAUCUCACCAGAAGUCAAGUAUUCUGGGCUUUCACUAAUGAUUAUAACAUUCUCGAAGUCUCGACAAGGGCUGAUGAACAUAAGAAAGACUGGGUAUUGAUAUAUGAACAGAAAGUGAAAAGGUAUGGGUCAAAAAAGUAUACAAAUCAGCAACUGUCAGACUUCGAUGACAAAAUGCCCGUCUCCAUGGCAAAGGCAGUGCAUGCCCAGCGAUCCAAUGAUGGAGAAUACAUGAUCAAAGUUCGGGUUAAAAGCAUUGGAGCAGGGGAUGAAAGUUCUGUUAUGCUUGAGUAUCGAGUUUACGAAACCUCAGACUCGAAUAAGUUAUACAAGACCGUUCUGGAUACGGGAGUUCCAGAAACCAUAUUAUCCUACAUCGUCCGUUGUCACCUUGGGAAAAAGCCUACAUUUUCAGUGUCCGUCGGGGACGAUAAUAACUGGCACAAUUGGGUCCAAACCAAUACGCUUCGAGUCUGGGAACCAAAGCCUGGUGACCAGGUGGAUUCUUCCCUGGUCGAGAGUGACGUACUAGAUCAAUUCACCUAUGUGCACCAGCAGAGAGGAGGACUUAUGUUCCUGAACUCUCGGCAUGAGACUCUUUGA